GCAGACCUGCCCCGUUGGAGUCGGGCGACACGAAGAUGAGACUCCUCUUUCUACUUUGCUACUUAGUGCCUCUGGUGCUAAGUUCAGUCAAUCAACAUACAUUUGACCCAUGUUCAAGCAGGGACACACUACUAGAAUGUUUUGGAAUAAGACCAUCUGGGCCUCUUCGGUCAAAAAGACAACAGGGAUAUAUUUAUGACGUACCAUUAAUUCCCUUUGAAGAUGUAACCAGAACUAGUUACACACCACCGCCGACGACACGGCCUCCACCAUUAAGAACUCCACCUCCAACAAUAAGAACACCUCCUCCAACAGUAAAAACGCCACCCACUGGAUACACAUACCCAACUCCAUCAAUACCAUUUACACUUCCAACGCCAUCAAGAACACCACCAACACUACCACCAAUAAGAACGCCACCACCAACACUUCCACCAAUAAGGACACCUCCGCCAACGUUUCCACCAAUAAGGACACCUCCGCCAACGCUUCCACCAAUAAGGACACCUCCGCCAACGCUUCCACCAAUAAGGACACCUCCGCCAACGCUUCCACCAAUACGGACACCUCCGCCAACACUUCCACCAAUAAGGACACCUCCGCCAACACUUCCACCAAUACGGACACCUCCCCCAACGCUUCCACCAAUAAGGACACCUCCGCCAACGAUUCCAAGCCGACCACCUACAAGAUAUACCCCCACGAUUCCAACAGUAAAAACUCCACCUACUGGAUACACAUAUCCAACUCCUUCUGUUACAUUUACAUAUCCAACACCACCAAGAACGUAUCCUACAUAUAGCACAUUUCCUUCAACGAUAUCAACAAUAAGGACACCGCCUCCAACAUUUCCAACAAUAAGAACACCGCCUCCAACGAUUCCCACUAUAAGAACUCCACCGCCCACUAGAUACACGUAUUCAACACCUCCAUUUACAUUUACUUAUCCGACCCCACCAAAAACAUAUCCCACUUCUCCGUCGAUAAGAACACCUCCCCCAACGUUCCCAACAAUAAGAACACCACCUCCAACAAUAAGGACGCCUCCUCCAACAAUAAGAACGCCUCCUCCCACAAUAAGAACGCCACCACCGACAAUAAGAACACCACCUCCAACGAUAAGGACGCCUCCUCCAACGAUAAGAACGCCACCUCCAACCGUAAGGACACCACCUCCAACUGGAUACACGUAUUCAACUCCAUCAAUUCCAUUUACAUAUCCAACACCACCUAAAACUUAUCCCACUUCACCACCAAUAAGAACUCCACCUCCAACGUUUCCAACUAUAAGAACACCUCCACCAACACGUCCGCCAAUAAGAACACCACCUCCAACGGUUCCUACCAUAAGAACACCUCCGCCUACACGUCCACCGGUAAGAACACCACCUCCAACAGUUCCUACCAUAAGAACCCCUCCGCCAACGCGUCCACCAAUAAGAACACCUCCGCCAACGCGUCCACCAAUACGAACACCACCUCCAACGGUUCCUACUAUAAGAACACCUCCACCAACACGUCCACCAAUAAGGACACCACCUCCAACAAUUCCAACUAGGAGAACACCUCCACCAACAUUGAGAACCCCUCCACCUACUAGAUACACGUAUUCAACUCCCUCAAUUCCAUUUACCUACCCAACACCUCCAAAAACUUAUCCCACUACACCAUCAAUAAGAACACCUCCUCCAACGUUUCCAACUAUAAGAACACCGCCUCCCACAGUUCCAACAAUAAGAACACCCCCUCCAACGGUUCCCACUAUAAGAACACCACCGCCCACUAGAUACACGUAUUCAACGCCUCCAUUUACAUUUACAUACCCGACUCCACCGAAAACUUAUCCCACUUCUCCGUCGAUAAGAACACCUCCUCCAACGUUCCCGACAAUAAGAACACCUCCUCCAACGUUUCCGACAAUAAGAACACCUCCCCAAACGUUCCCGACAAUAAGAACACCACCAACGACGUUCCCAACAAUACGAACACCUCCACCAACAAUAAGAACGCCACCACCUACUAGAUAUACUUAUCCUACCCCCUCUGUUACAUUUACAUACUCGACGCCGCCAAAAACGUAUCCUACUCCCCCUCCAACGAUUCCAACUCUAAGAACACCUCCUCCGACAUUCCCAACAAUAAGAACACCUCCACCAACAUUCCCCACAAUAAGAACACAUCCACCAACAUUCCCAACAAUAAGAACACCUCCACCAACAUUCCCCACAAUAAGAACACCUCCACCAACAUUCCCAACAAUAAGAACACCUCCACCAACAUUCCCCACAAUAAGAACACCUCCACCAACAUUCCCAACAAUAAGAACACCUCCACCAACAUUCCCGACAAUAAGAACACCUCCACCAACGUUCCCAACAAUAAGAACACCACCGCCAACGUUCCCAACAAUACGAACACCUCCACCAACAAUAAGAACGCCACCACCUACUAGAUAUACCUAUCCUACCCCUGUUACAUUUACAUACCCGACACCGCCAAAAACGUAUCCUACUCCCCCUCCAACGAUUCCAACUCUAAGAACACCUCCUCCAACGUUCCCAACUUUAACUAGCUCACGUACUUAUUUACCUCCGGUAUCCACUACCCCUAGAACUCCACCUCCAUUUACAUUCACCACACCGCGUACACCACCUCCCGUUACUUAUACAACACCAAGACCACCGCCAGUUACAUAUACCACCCCUCGAACUUUCCCCCCAAUUAGUUUCACAACACCAAGAACUACUCCGUUUACAUUCACAACACCUCGAACACCACCUCCCGCUACUUAUACAACUCCAAGGCCACCGCCAGUUACAUAUACUACCCCUCGAACUUUCCCCCCAAUUAGUUUCACAACACCAAGAACUACUCCAUUUACAUUCACAACACCUCGAACACCACCUCCCAUUACUUAUACAACACCAAGACCACCGCCAGUUACAUAUACCACCCCUCGAACUUUCCCCCCAAUUAGUUUCACAACACCUCGAACACCACCUCCCGUUACUUACACAACCCCCAGACCUACACCGCCACCAGUAACUUACACCACUCCUCGAACUCCACCCCCAAUUAGUUACACAACGCCUAGAACCACGCCGUUCACUUUCACUACCCCUCGAACGACACCCCCAACGCUGCGAACUCAGCCACCAUACCUACCACCCAAAACACCCCCACCGCCAGUUUUUACCACUCGAUACACACCUCCACCCCCUACAUAUACGUCUCGUUUAACAACACCACCACCUCCGCCUCCAGUGUACACUACACGUGUAACAAGACCACCACCACCACCUCCAGUUUAUACUACUAAAUAUACUCCUCCGCCUCCAGUAUACACCACUCGUGUAACAAGGCCACCACCACCUCCAGUUUAUACUACUAGGUACACACCUCCACCCCCAGUAUAUACCACUCGUGUAACUACACCACCACCUCCACCUCCAGUUUAUACUACUAGAUACACACCUCCACCCCCAGUAUAUACCACUCGUGUAACUACACCACCACCUCCACCUCCAGUUUAUACUACUAGGUACACACCUCCACCCCCAGUAUAUACUACUCGUUUAACUACACCACCACCUCCACCUCCAGUGUAUACUACCCGUGUAACAAGACCACCUCCCCCACCACCAGUGUUUACCACAAGCUACACCACUCCUCCUCCAGUAUACACAACUCGUUUGACCCCACCACCUCCCACAAGACCUCCAGUUAUAACAACUAGAUAUACACCCCCACCAACUGUAAGUUACACGACGCCAUCUACCACGAGGUACACCCCUCCCCCUACACCACCACCAACUCGUACUACCCUCUCGGAUAGAACGUAUUUACCACCCAAGAGCCCAGGUUACUUCUAUCCGAAACCUUCCAUACAAUUUCUUAUUUAAGUAUUUAUAUGCCAUCUGUGAGCGAAUGUAAUUAUUAACUGCCAAGUUAGCAAUGUGAUUUACAUGUAUAGGUUUGUAAAUACCUCGAUCUUAGAUUUUUUAUUAUUGUUUUAAAUUUAUUUUUUUUUUAAUAAUUUGUAUAGGAGGAUAUCAGGUGUCGUGUAUAAUUUUAAUAUAGGAAAAUUAGUGGAUAUCAGAACGUAUUGCAUGAGAAAAUAUUUUUUUAUUGAUGAAAGUCAUGUUAAAUUGUAUUUUAUAUGAUUGUAUACAAAAUGACAAAUAGUGUUUUCAUUUAAAAGCAUGCGCUGAAAUUAAAUUAAUGUACAAAAUUAUAACCUAAUUUUCUACCUCUACUUUCACUAUGUGAUAGUAAAAAAAAUUUGUAAAUUUGUAUAAGAUAGCCUGAUCACUUGAAUAAAAAAAAUAACCCAUUUUUAUACAAAAUUAGGGAACAAUUAUCUUUUUGAAACAAAAAUUGGUAUAUUGGCAAAACUGAAUAGGUAUCUAUUUUGUAUAGUAACUUGCUAUACUAAUUAUAGAAUAUGUAAAUAUUUUUAGUGACAAAAAAUAAUAAAA